AUGGCAAGGAAGAACUCAGGAGAUGUAGACAUACAACCUAGUUCACAACCCUGUGAGUUGAGACUGGUGCUUCUUGGGAAAACAGGAGUUGGAAAAAGUGCCUCUGGAAACACCAUCCUGGGCAGAGAUGAGUUCAAGUCUACUCUCAGCUUUCGCUCAAUCACAAAACAAUCCAAAAAAGGGACUGCCGUCGUGGAUGGCAAAACUAUCACUGUCGUUGACACCCCAGGCUUCUUUGAUACUGAGCUCUCAGAAGAGGAAGUGAAAACUGAGAUCUUGCAGUGCAUGGUUCUCUCUUCUCCUGGGCCGCAUGUCUUUGUGGUGGUGAUUCCUGUUCGCAGAUUCACACAAGAAGAGAGAGAUGCUGUGAGGAAGGUCCAGGAGCUUCUAACAGACAGCGCCCCAGAAUAUGCACUGAUUCUCUUCACUCACAAAGAUCAGUUGGAAAAUAAAAUGAAAAUUGAGGACUUCAUAGCCGAAAAUGAACAUCUCAUAGAGCUGGUCCGGAAGUGUGGCAACAGGUACCAUAGCUUUAAUAAUAAAAACACAGAAGACCACCAGCAGGUUACCGAGCUUCUGACAAAGAUUGAGAAUAUGGUGGCUCUCAAUGGAGGGCAGUACUACACAAAUGAAUUGUAUCAGAAAGUGGAAGAGGAAAUUCAACAGGCUCAAGAAGAGAUUAUAAUGGAGGAAGACAAACAGGUGCAGAAAGAACAGGAGGACAUUAACAAGGAAGAGGAAAGCCUUCAGCAGAGUAUGAAAGCCAUCAUGGAACAAGAGGAGAGGUACACUUCUCAUGGAGGCCAGAAGUCAGGACCUGAAUGGAAGAAACUGCAAUCAUUGAAAGAGAAUUCAGAAAAAGAAAUGAAGGAACUGGCAGAAAAGAAAAAAGAUUCAAAUAAGAAAACAGAAGAUGAGAAAAACAAAGCAAGAGAAAAGGCUGAGAAGUCCAGCAGCUGCCUAAAGAAGAUUUUGAACCUGGUAGUUGCUGUUCCAACUGGACUCUUGCUUGGUGCCAUGGUGGGCUUAGCAACAGCUGUGAAGUUGGCUGCUAGCAUGAUAAAGGUACCUGGCUCCAUUAUAGGAGCUGCUGGCCUGGGGAGUACUCCUGUUUUAAUUGCAGGUGGUGUUGCAGCAGCCACAGCUGCAACUCUCGGAGGAGUGAUAGGUGCCGCCGCCGGGGUAAGUGCUGCUCUCGAGGCAGAUGGUCCAAUGGAAGCAGCAAAAACCACAGUUAGUGACAUUUUAGAAAUUGCAAGAAAUAAAAUUAAGGAGGUGGAAAACAUGGCAAGUCAACAAAGCAUCUAUGCAAACAUACAACUCAGUUCACCAUCCUGUGAGUUAUGUGUGGUGCUCCUUGGGAAGACAGGAGUUGGCAAAAGUGCAACAGGAAACAAUCUCCUGGGCACGGUUGAGUUUAAGUCUGCUCAAAGGUCCCGCUCAAUCACAAAGCAAUGUCAAAAAGGGACAGCCAUUGUGAAUGGCAAAACCAUUACUGUGAUUGACACCCCAGGGUUCUUUGAUACUGAGCUUUCAGAAGAGGAGGUGAAAACUGAGAUCUUGCAGUGCAUGCUUCUCUCUUCUCCUGGGCCGCAUGUCUUCCUGGUGGUGAUUCCUGUUCGCAGAUUCACACAAGAAGAGAGAGAUGUUGCGAUGAAGAUCCAAGAGCUCCUAUCAGACAGUGCACCAAAAUAUGCCAUGGUUCUCUUCACUCACAAAGAUAAGCUGGAUAAUAACAUGAAAAUUGAGGACUUCAUAGCUGAUAAUGAACAUCUCAGAGAGCUGGUUCAGAUGUGUGGCAACAGGUACCACAGCAUCAAUAACAGAAACACAGCAGACCACCAGCAGGUUACUGAGCUGUUGACAAAGAUUGAGAAUAUGGUGGCUCUCAAUGGAGGGCAGUACUGCACAAAUGAAUUGUAUCAGAAAGUGGAGGAGGAAUUUCAAAAGGCUCAAGAAGAGAUUAUAAUGGAGGAAGAUAAACAGCUGCAGAAAGAACAGGAAGACAUUCUCAAGGAAGAGGAAAGGCUUCAGCAGAGUAAGAAAGACAUCAUGGAACAAGAGGAGAGGUACAUUUCUCAAGGAGGCCAGAAGUCAGGACCUGAGUGGAAGAAAUUGCAGUCAUUGAAAGAGAAUUCAGAAAAAGAAAUGAAGGAACUGGCAGAAAAGAGGUGGAGAAGAGGCCUGAAGAAGAUUUUGAACCUGAUGGCUGCUGUGCCAACUGGACUGCUGCUUGGUGCCUUGAUGGGUUUAUUCACAGCUGCCAGGCUGGCUUUAAGAUUUAUAAAGUUAGCUGGCAGUUUGAUAGUAGCUGCAGGCCCUGAGAGUGAAGAUGUUUUAAUUGCACUUGGUGUUACUGCUGGUGCUGCUGCAACUCUCGGAGGAGUGAUUGGCGCCGCCACAGGGAUUUUAGCAGAGUCUGCUUCAUUGGAAGGUUUGAUCGUAGUCUUCGUCCCAUGA